AUGCAUCUUGAUUUGUCUUCGCCCCUAUCACUAGGUUUUCCUCUGCCGCUGUCUCUGCCUUUCAGCGAUUUUUCUUCUGCUCUCAGCGCAAAACGCCUCUCGACCUCCUACGCUAACGCGACCUACGACUUCUACGGCACCCCCAGCGGCGCUCUGUGCGUCUACAAGAACGGAGACGCCUGGCCCGUACGUACUGGCCCCGAGUCCCAGCGGAUUAUCAGAGAGGCUCGCGGCGUUCACGGUCAUCCUAUGCAAGACGUCUGGCGUGAGCUCGGUGAGCGCGUCUAUACCUUGCUCGACGACAAGGGGGUCCAUUGGACGUCGAUGUUCAGCCCGCUUCUCAUUUCGAUCGGCGUCGAGCCCGCGUCUCUCGCCUACGAGCUUGCCAACACAGCGGCCGAGGCCACCACCUUCUUACUGGCUCAGGCUGGCUUCAGCGGCAUUGAGAUAGGCUUCCGUGAGUCCGUCGUCACCCGCUCCGCUGGCCCCAAGAUGCUCUCCUUCGACCCCUUCAAUGACUCCGUCCCUGAGUUCCGCAAGCCCUUCACUCCCACUCUAGGCCUCGCCAUCGCGCCCUUCAAGUCUCCCCACUUUGAAGGCACCGGCGCUCUCUACUUACGCGAAGGCAAGGAUAGCAAGCGCGUCCUCCUCCUUACCUGCGCCCACGUUGCUCGACCUCCUCCCGCCCAUAACAACGCAAGUCUGGCUCGCCAAACCACGAGCCAUCCCCGCGAGCAGGUCAUCGCCCUCGGCAGCUCAGGUUACACCAGCGCUCUCAAGAGUAUGAUGGGCACCAUCGGUGACUUGGACCGCUCCAUUAAGGACUGGCAGGCCGUGCUUCGCCGGCUAGGCGAGCCCCAGGAGGGCGAGUCUGUGACGGCCACCAAGAUGCGGAAGGAGCACUUGGCCCUAGUGGAGAGCGCGAAGGAGAGGAUCGACGAGACUAACAAGUUCCACGACGAGAUAAUUAAGCGAUGGACGAUUCCGGACCAGCGCAUUAUUGGCGAGGUCGUCUACGUCGCGCCCAUCGACGUCAACAACUCAUCCCACAACUUUACCAUGGACUGGGCCCUGAUCGAGCUCUACGACAACAAGUUCGACUGGGCCACAUUCAAGGGUAAUAAAGUUUAUGUUGGCAGCAAUCUCUCGUCGUUGGACUACGGCAAGAUUAUGUUCCCCCAGGUCGAGGACCAGGCCAACUACGAGUACCCGGAGGAUGGUCUUCUCCAGGCGCACGGCGUCGUCCCGGCCGACGAGAUCCGUAAUCCCCAGCACCAAGACACUAACGGAGAACAGUGCCUUCUCGUCGUUAAGAACGGUCUAGCGACCGGCACCACCAUCGGGCGGGUCACGGGAAUGGAGUCGUUUACGCGCGCCUACAAUGAGCACGGCAGUAUCAAGGAGACGUCGAUAGAAAUCGCUGUCCUCCCCUACGGCAACAUACACGGUCCUUUCUCCGCCCCCGGCGACUCGGGCUCUAUCGUCCUCGACAGGGACGGCCGUAUCCUCGGGAUGAUCACCGGAGGUGCUGGCACCGCCAACAGAACCGAUGAGAUCAAGAAGUCCUUCCCCAAUGCCUUCCUCUACGAGGUCGUCAAGUAG